CAGUGUUAGGGAUUUGAAAUUAAUAUCAGUUAGUAAUGUGUAUCUCCGGGAUUCCUUAGAAAUAUUUUAACCUGCAGUGAAGACGCAUUUCACCCAUGAAGAUAGGUGCUUGUCCUUGAUGCCAAACGGCUGAGGACAAGCUGACAAGUACAAGGAAUAUAAGUUAGCUUCAUGACCCCAAGGUGUCCGCCCUCUUCGUUCAGAUAAGUUUACACGCACGACUUUCUAAAGAGAUGAUUUGCGCGGGAGAAAAGGGCUGGUUCAAACCAAUUAUGUACAACUCCGUAACAAAACCGAUCUAAGAUUUAAUAUUGAAGAAGAUUUACUUCCAGGUAGAAAAACAAACAACACACGCUACAUGAAGCAGUCAUUUUUGACAAUUUCCAUAACUUUGAAUGGAAUCCGAGUAAACAUCUCCUACAAAAUUUAUUGCCUUCUCAGCUCUGUCAGUCAAAAAAUCAAUUAGUCUGUAGAGGACGAAAUUAAAACGCAAAGAUAUACUUUUAUAGACGUUCUACACCGAAUUAUCACAACAAAGAUAUGGAACAAAUCUCACUGCACCGGAAAAAGCAAGCAAGUUAGUUUUUUGGUAUAGGGGCUUAGGAUGCAAUCAUAGCUACGAGGUAGAAACUUUCGGCUUUCGAGUUCACCUGUAUAUUUCGAACGAAUUCAAAAAUCACAAGCACAAGCCCGGCUAAAAAAAUAAUUUUCUUCCAUAGCAAACUCAGUCGGGAUUGGCCACACCAGAUGUUCAACGACUUAACAGGGAAUUAAAUCGGGGUAGAGUUGAAUUUUAUCAGCAAACCGUCAUUGCAAUCCUUUUUUUACCUUGAGCUAAAAAAGGUAUAGGUUCAUCGACAUUUUAUGAAUUUUUCAAAAACAUUUUCAGUAUUUCUUGUCUUCUGCCAAAUUACCACUGAAAUUUUAAUCAGCUUGUCUGUCGUCGCUUUGACUGUAGUGGGGUGUUUUAAUUUCUUUACUUAUUUCAAUCUGAAUUCUCGACACUGACAGCUUGCACUUCUUCGUUCUAUUUUCCGCAGAACAUACCACCGCACAACGAGAAAACGACUUCACUGACUUACGCCUAGCUUAUCACAGAGAAUUCUCUCCAUUUUGUUGCCCUUUAAAUUGACUCAAUAGGUGGUUAAAUGGAAUCUUUUUAUUUGCUACUUAAGGUUUGUAAACACGUCCAUUUUCAUUCUAAUUGCAUGAAAGAGGUUUGAAUUAUAUCUUAAUCAGACUAUUUGAAAUAAAUUGGUGUGUUGCUUUUAUCGCACAAAUUUUCCGCAAUAUCACAUUUGUAAACAUAAAACAUUUUGUUUCCUAAUUUCUUUUAAUUUUUGUCAGUUUGGGGCUUAAAACGAGUUAGGCGAGAGCAAAAGUAAAACUGCUGAUCUUGCAGCAUUACAAAAAAAUUACAAUGAAAAUGCCGUCUAUAAGCCCUGGAUUUUUUAACAAGUUCAUAGGCUGCUAAAAGGUUAAAGGAAAAACUUGCUCUCAGUGAAGCUGCCUCAACACGUGGAACAUAACUUGCCACCUAAGACAUGGAUGAUUUCAAUAAUUCCAACUACCCAGCGAACUCGUCCCAGCUGAUGGCCGAACGUUCCGAACUGGAACCGAAGUUUGUCGAAACAAUUCGUCUGAGCUUGAGCGCCAUCAUCUGCUCUGUUGGAAUUGUGGGUAAUAUCUUGGUUAUCAUCAUAACAGGCGCAAACCGCGCCAAUAAAACCGCUGUUCAUAAGUACAUACUCAACCUGGCUGUUGCUGAUAUCGGCGUGCUGGCCAUCUGCUAUCCCUUGACUCUUGUCAAAGCCGCUGACCCGUUGCAAUGGCCCCUGGGGAGGGUAGUGUGUAAGUUUUUGUACCCAUCCACAGACAUCUUCUACAGCGCUUCCAUUGGAUCUAUUGUUGCCAUAGCAAUCGACCGGCACAGAGCGAUCGUGCGUGGAAUGACAGCGUACCGAUCGCUGACGAUCGCUAAAUGGGUGAUAAUGUCAAUCUGGCUGGCAGGUUUCCUGGCUACGGUGGUGCCUCUGUACUUUGUGAUGGAAUUCAUCGAAAACAAACAGAAUGGGACUGUCGACUGCACGCCCAAGUGGCCAAAUGGCUUGACCUUCGGCCUCUAUGUCUUCUCCCUCUCGAUCCUCUUUUACGUCCUUCCGCUGAUCUUGAUAUUGUGGGCGUACAGGCAAAUCGCCUGCAAGAUUCGCGCCAGCAAACUGCUACACAGAAAAAUGCAUAAUAUGUGCGGCAGCUACAAAAGCCCCAAGAAGAAAAAAUUCGACAAUGCAAACACAAAAGCGUUGAAGAUCCUUGUACCGGUUGUUAUUAUGUUCGCCGUGACGAUGUUUCCGUUCCAUGUUUUUCGUCUUGUUUCUGUUUUCGUAGACUACACGAAAGUGAAGUACAUUUGGGUCGUGUACCACAUCUGCACCGUCUUACUGUUGACCAACAGCGCUGCCAAUCCAAUUAUAUACUCCCUUGUCAGUGACGAAUUCCGACAGCGCUUCAAGGACAUUUUGAAAUUUAACUGGAAGCAUUUUUGCCAAGAGACUAGGGGCCCUCUUGACGCUUCUAUCACAUAUCGGGUGUCUUUGUCACAAAACUUGAUUCCAAACCCAGACCGUGAAACAGACGUGUAGUGAAAUAGCGCCUACAUUGAGCUGUUGUUCAAAGCAGUGCUUGCUUUCAGCUCAACACACAAAAAAUCGUACAGCUUUUUUCGCAAGGAAAGAAAAAACUGCCAAGUUAGGAACCGUUAAGACAGUGUCACAGAAGUGAACACUUUUCAAUAACAGGUAUAGAACCAAGGGAGCGAAUGAAACAAGUCAGAACUAACUGGGUUAUAAAGAUAUAAGACUGCUGGCAGCCAGUCUCUUCUCUUAGGGUCAGGCGAGUGUUUAUCAGUGCCGCGCUCAUGCCGCGCUCAUGUCCCAAUCCCUUCUGGGCUGAAACCGCUCGCCUCAUAAUCCCUGCCUGAUUUUAAGAGAAAAACAGACUGUUAGCAGUCCAUAGUGAUAUGUUCCGACGGGAGAAGUUACAAAUAAUGCCCUCGUCCUCUGCUAAAAAGAAACGUGACAUAGAACUUGGGUCAUUUUAUCUCAAAAAAUCGGUAGAAACAAUGCGGCCAUCCGUUACCACAGCCUCUAUAGGAAACAUAUGCCUCUUCAUUUCUGUAAAUAAAAACUUCACAUGACGGUCCCUCUAAGACAACAGUAGCUAACAGUUUUAGGCCAUCAGAACAAUACCAAAAAUUGUAAGUAAUUCUCUUGAUGAUGUUUGAUCUAUUGUCAUUAGGUUUCAUGGUCACAACAAAAUGCUUAGAGGUUAUUCUGAAAGAGGAAAAGAAAAUAUAAAUAUCUAUAAAAUAAAAUAUUCAAGUUAUUCUUAAGAGGAGAAUGACUGUCUUAUACGAACCGCGAGCCAGUUUUAUAGCAAACGGAAAGAAGUGUGGUGCAUUAACUACAAAUUUUCCCCAGGAGAAUAUAUCAGUUUUUGUUAACUGUUGUAUUGCACACGUAGAGCGGACUUACAAUUAUAAGUAUAAAUAUCGACAGCUCAGUGAAAUUGUAUUUCGCAAGUUUUAAGUUAGUGUUCAAAGAGCCCACCCGUUCAAAGGGUGAAAAUAAAAGCCACCUGUGAAAUAAUUGAAAAUUGCUAAACGCCACUUAAAGUUAUUAUGGUUAUGCUAGUAUAGCUGCGUUUCUUUUCAUCAGUAAACGUGGCUAUCAUAUUCAGAUUUUAGAAAGUAAAAUAACCAAGUUUGUAAGCCAUUCGGCUGCAGCCGUUGGGCUACAAAAUUAUACUGGUAAAUAAACGUGAGAUAUGAGAUGCAGAGCGUGUCUAGUUAAACUUCAUUAAAUUAAACGGAGUGGAACUGUUGAAGAACAGAUAAUUAGCUAGCCCUCUCCUAAAAAUGUUUGAAGACGCCAGAUUGAUAACCAAAAUCUUUCUCACACGACCCGUAGACAAGCGCCAUUGUGAAGUAGAGGGUCGAAAGGCCAUCUCGAAGAUGAGCUUACCCGCUAAACUGCGCUCGUUUCAACACUUUUUAUGAAUUUAUUAGAGAGUCUGUUUCAAAGGCUACCGUCCGGAAAUUUCUGUCGGCUGAAUCAGAUCAGCUGUCGAUCCUUGUUGGUCAAGGGAAUUCCCUAAGGCUUCAGUCAGAGACACUGAAAAUAGUUUGUUUUGGUCUGAUGGCGCUUGUUUAUAGAUUUAAAGAACACUCCAAGAAUGUUUGAUUUCUUUAAUUAAAUACUAUUAGUGAAGGGGUUAAUGACAUCCUUAAAAUAUUGAAUACAACUGAAAUUAAUUACUUUAAUUAAACAUCAACAAAAGAAUGAUUAAUUAAAUCUGAGAAAUAUCAUGUCCCGAGGCAGCAUUAAGUAACAUCAUCAGCUGGUUGAUUGAUGUAAAGCUGAAUGAAUUUGUGAAUUGAUGUAUUCAUUAAUUUAGUUUCUUUCCCGGCGCUUGGAUUCAUUAAACGCAAACCGUUAAACAGCAACCUUACCUUCGACGCAGGUUUUUGUAGCCCCCCAGCCCCCCUCCACAGGAACAGCGGAACUGCCAUUACGAGGCCAGCACAGUGAACUAGCAUGAAACAAACUGGUACUGAUGCUCGAAACGCGACUCAGUCCCGUUUCUCCCCACAGUCAAGUCUCUCAGUUUGAGAUCUGGGUACGAAACUGGCAGUGCGUUCACUGGCUAGUGCAUGCUGGGGCGGAUCUAGGGUUAGGGGGUGGGGGAGUUCGGGGGUUCGAGUAUUCAGUCUAGCCCCCUAAAUUAAAAGAAAUGAGACAUUGAUGAACACGCUGACUUGUCGUCAGAAUGCCGGAAAUCCCACUUUCGAGGACCUCAAUUUAAAACAAUUUUCUGGGGUAGGAUGCUCCCGGACCCACUUACAGGGGAACGCUGUCGGCGCUUCGGUCCGUGCCUCCGUAUCUCAAACCCCGUUCUCCAAAAUCCUGUGUCCGCCCCAGACAUGUGACUAACCGGCGCGGUUCUUGUCCCGUCACCAAUGCCGGGUUUAAAUCUUGGGCAACUGACAUGUUUUACUGUGAAUGUUCUCCAAGCAGAAAAAAAAUCCGCGAACUCCAUGGUUUCUUCUUUAAUUGUGCUUUUAGCUUCAGACUCCAUGAACGAGUCACCUUGUGCCUCCGUUUCAAAACGAGUCCUCGUGCAAAAAACCUUUCAUAUGAAAAUGAGUUUGAUUUGCAUGAAAACGAACCUGUAGGUGGAACAUAUCUUCAUAUGAAUGGUUGCGCUCGAAGACUCGU